AGGACACACAGCCACCAGGACCUGCCACCCCACAGAGGUCCCCGUCCCCUGAGGAUGCCACUGAGGAGGAGGAGGAGGGGUCGGGACCACCCCCAUCCUCCCCCAGCCCCUGGCGGGAGACCAGCCUGGACAGACCCUACGAGAGGGGCAGAAAUCCUGGAAUCAACCUCGGGGAUGGGGAAACCCGGAGCUCCCGGUGCUACCUGGGGUCCCCCCUGGGGUCCCCCCCGGCCGCCCCUGGCAGCCCUGACCCUGCAGCCCCCCCGGGGGCCAGGCCAGGGGACCCUCCCUACCGGUUUGUCCCUGUGAGGACCCUGGUGCUGUGCCAGCAGGGAGGAUCCAGCGCUCCCGGCACCCCGGAGACACCGGCACGGAGGGGACAGAGCCAGGCCUGGAGGAUGGAUCCAUGUCCUUCACCCAGGAUGGAUCCCUCUCCUUUCCCCAGGAUGGAUCCCUCUCCUUUCCCCAGGUUGGAUCUGCCCUGGCCGCCCCUGGAGCCCCGGGGCCGUCCCCCCGGGCCCCGCCGCCGCCCCCCGCACUGCGUGGUGUCGUUCCCACCGCCCGCGGGCCCCUCGUUCCUCUCGGGAUCGGCCGAGAGCGUGUCCAGCGUGUCCAGCGCGUCCCGCGCGCCCUCCCCGGGCGGCUCCGGCCCCGACGGGACCCUCGCCGCGUCCCUGCCCCUGCCCGGGCCGUGCCCGCGGGGCCCCCCCCGCGUCCAGCCGCCCCCCCCGGGGCUCCUGUUGGAGCAGGACCUGGCCCCGCUGCGGUACCAGCGCCUCGUGCCCUCCCGCUCCCGCAUCGUCCGGACCCCCUCGCUCAAGGACUACGGCGGGGCCCGGGGGCUCUCCCGCGCCGCCGUCACCGAGGAGCUCCGCUCGUGGCACCAGCGCGCGCGGCUGCGGGGGGCGCGGCCGCACUCCCUGGACAGGGAGGGGGCCCUCGGGAGACCCCCCGGAGGGAUCCCCGGGGACGGGCCCCUCUCCCGGGCCGUGCUCUCGCGAGUCCAGGCCCCCCCUGUGCUGCGGCGCUCGGUGCCCGGGGUGCCCGUGCAGCUCUACGUGCCCGAGAACGGCGAGAUCGUCACACAAGUGUGAGCAGAGCCCCCAGCCCGGGCCGGGGGGCACAGCCUGGCUGGCCCAGGGACCCCCUGCCCCAGUGUGGGGACAUGGAGGGGAGGCACAGUGGGGUGACACGG